AUGAAACACUUGCAGUAUACGAUAAAUCCAUGGAUGGGUGGCGUGGUGGAUAAACAGAAGGCGUUCGAUCAAUGGAAUACUUUGAAAUCAGUGAUUCAAAAAACUGGAGUUGAGGUUUUAACGUUGGACCAAGUGCAAGGACUACCAGAUAUGGUAUUCGUGUGUAAUAGUGGUUUAGUGCUAAACAAUAAGGUCUACUUGUCACGUUUUCGACAUAAGGAAAGGACUGGCGAGCAGGAGCAUUAUCUGAAAUGGUUCAAAGCGAAUGGUUUCGAGACGGUUGGUGACGAUUAUCCGGAAUUCUUUGAGGGAGGCGGCGAUGCAGUUUUCUCAACCUAUGAUACCCUUUGGGCUGCGUAUGGACCAAGAUCUAGCAAAUCUGUUUACGAUCACGUUAGAAAGCUUGGUGAAUUCGAUUUGGUACUAUGCGAACUGACGCAUCCUGAAUUCUAUCACUUGGACACCUGUUUUACACCGGUCAGCGAGAAAUGCGCCUUAUGGUAUCCACCUGCCUUUCAGGAACCAGCCAAAAAAGAAAUUAUGAAACGAAUGCCCGACUCUGUGGCUGUUAAUGAUGCUGAAGCGAAGGCUUUCGUUUGUAACGCGAUUACGGUACGAAAUACAGUAAUAGCGCCC